UUUGUAAUAAACUAACAAACUUUUAUUCAUCCAUGCAUAUGACACAACAUCUCACAAAUAUGUGUUGGGGCAUGAGAAAAAAUUAUUGGGGGCAAACUCUUUCUUUCAAAAAUGAAAUUGCAAAAUUACAACGUACUAUAUUAUUAAUCAAAUAUUAAAAGUUUCAAGGUGGCAUUUCCCCCACUCUCUAUAAGGUAGAUUUGCCCCUGUUCAGCGGUGUGCAGUUGGUUGUUUGGACGCACCAAUGCUCCGGUGCAGCUUGUCCGUCGUCUUUGUCAUUCUGUCAAGUGUGUGUUAGGGAUCGAUUCCGUCUCAGGCUCGGGUAUUCAACAUUUCACUCCACUCACACACAACCACUCUAGGCUAGACUCACUCCACUUCUCAACAUGUUUACACUCCCAAGCUUUCACACAAAGGAUCUCAAGGAGGAAGGAGAACACUAUGCUCUCAACUCUCUGGUUUUACCUCUCUCACACAAAGGAAAGGGAAAGGUCUGCUCUAUUUAUUUUCUCACGCAGGCCACUCUCAAAGAAGAAAGAUAUAGAUAUAGUAGGCUGUCACUAGUGGCGAGCCCAGAGAUUUGUGAGAGCGGGGGCACACUAGACACUAAACUAGUAAAAUUCCGGGUCCGAAGUGGGUACUGGUUUUACCUUAAGUGCUACUAGUGAAAUUCCGGAUCCGAAGCGGGGGCACGUGCCCCCCUAGCCAUAAGAGAAUCAAUAAUAAGAAUAGAAUAGUAGGAGUAAACAUAGGGUGCAAGUCAAUAAUAAAAUUGAAGGGAUGCUUUGGUAGGACCAAUACCUCCAACAUUCUCCACCUUAUUGAUCCUAAGUGGUGUAGAGUAACAAUACAAGGUUGUGAAGAGACUCAUCAUCAUCAUCGGAUCAUCCGGAAUAUCAAAAGAUAAAAUGGGAAAACAAAAAGGUAGACAACCCAUAGUUAUCCAUAGUCAAAGUUUAACACGCAUUUACAGGACAAGUGUUUAUCAGCAGAAAGACACUUGGUACCCAUAUCUGCGGGAUUAAACUCGGACAGUAUCUUGCACAGCUUGACUCCACCUGCAUCCACAAUAUCACAUAUGAAAUGGAACCUAACAUUAAUAUGGUUAGUACUAUCAUGAAAUACAAGAUUUUUACAAAGUUGGAUAGCUGAUUGGCUAUCCGAGAAAAUAGUAACUUUCUGUUUAAGAAAUCCAAUCUCGGAGACAAGGCGUUUGAGCCAAAUGGCUUCCUUAAAUUCUUCUGUGACUUCAACAUACUUAGAUUCAGUGGUAGAAAGGGCCACAAUGCGCUGCAGUUGAGACUUCCAACUUAUGAAAGAACCACACAAAGUAACAACAUAAGAAUUAGUUGACUUCUUGUCAUCCUUAUCAUUUGCAUAAUUAGAAUCAACAUAACCAAUCAACUCAAUACCACUAGCACACUUAGAGAAAAUUAAUCCAUGCUUUAUAGUAGAUAUCAAACAUCUAAGCAAUCACUUAAGAGCAUUCUAAUGGGACAAACCAGGGUUGGACAUAUAUCUACUCAAGCAACUAACCGCAUAUGCAAUAUCAGACCUAGUGUUAACCAUAAGAUACAUAACCGUCCCUAUUGCGCAGGAAUAGGGAACACAUUUCAUUUUCUCAAUUUCAAGAGUAGUCUUGGGAGAUUGGUCCAUACUUAACACAAAGUGAGAAGCCAUAGAGACAUUCACGGGAGAAGCAGAUAACAUAUUAAAUUUACUCAAAAUCUUUUCCACAUAAGAAACUUGGUUUAAAAUAAGAGUAGGUUUGCUCCUAUCCCUAACAAUUUUUAUGCCUAGGAUCCUCUUUGCACAUGAACAAUAGACUUAAGGCAAGGACUGAUGAUUAACAUAUCAUCCACAUAGAGCAAAAAGAAUAUAGGCAUAGAAGAAAUAUUCUUAUAGUACAAACAAUGAUCACAUGCAUACUUAAUAAAUUUCAUGGAUUUCAUGCAUCGAUCAAACUUAAUGUUCCAUUGCCUAGGAGACCGCUUUAGACCAUACAAGUCCUUCCUUAGCAAACACACAUAAUCACUUUUCUUGGGAUCCAUAAACCCUCCAGGUUGGGUCAUAUAAAUCUUUUUAUCAAUAUCACCAUGCAAGAAAGCAAUGGUCACAUCCAUCUGCUUCAUUUCCCAAUCAAAGUGAGCAACAAGAGAAAGCAUAAUUCUAACAGUAGUAAACUUGAUCACAUGAGCAAAUAUCUCAGCAUAAUAUACCCCCUCUUUUUUAGUAAACCCUUUAGCAACCAACCUAGCCUUAAACCUAACAUCAUUAGGUUCUUCCUUAACCUUAAACAACCACUUACACUCAACUGCCGAACAGCUGGGGGGUCUAAGGACAAGGGUCCAAGGUUGGUUCACUCUCAAAGAGUUCAUCUCACUCUUUAUGGCACUAACCGUUUCUUAGACUCUUUGUAACCUUAGGCUUCAUGGUAGGUCUUGGGUUCAUUCAACUCUAGGAUUUCAAACACAGAAAAUGCAAACAUAGAAGUAUCAUGCACGUUUAAAGCAUAAUCAGACAUACUAUCAGCAGUUCUCCUGAAGGUCCUUCUACUUCUAUCUCUAGCAAGUUGAUAAUUAUGCAAAUCAUCAUUACUAGUCUCCACAUGCAACUCAUGCAAAUUACUGUUAUCAUGAAAAUCAUAUUCCACGCCCACAUCAUGCAAUUCAUGCUCAACAUCAUGUAAAUGUUCCACCUUACUAGGGGUGGUGGGACUAUCAUACUCAGAGGAAUCAUUAUCAUGCAAAAUAGUUUCAUCAUUAAUAAGAGGAUCAACAGAUAAAGGACUAGCAGCAACAGGGACAGACUCUACCUCACUAGGAGUACUAUCAGACUUAGACUCAGGAUUAGAAACAGAUUUGGUCAAGCAAGGGAAACCAGAUUCAUUAAAUAUCACAUUUUUGCUAAUGACCACCUUAAAGCCUGUCUGGUUCCUAUAUCCCAUAACCUGUAACCCUUUACCCCCACCAGAUAUCCUAGGAAGACACAUUUCUUAGACCUAGGAUCCAACUUGUCAACCUGUUGAUGUGCAUAUGGUGCACAACCAAACACCCAAAGGUUAGACGAGUCAAGAGGCUAACCGGUAAAGAUGGUUUUAGGACACUUACCACCUAGAGGGACAGAAGGGGGCUAUUAACCAAAUAGGCAGCAAUGGUAACUGCUUCACCCCAGAAUUUCUUAAACAAAUCAGAGGUAGCUAACUGAUGGAUAGUGUACCCGGUGGUAGCUUAUCCGAGGGGUUAUUACGGGGAAUAACUAAAGAGAAGUCAGAGCAAGUAAGUAUAGAGAGAGAAAGUAUAUUAGAAAGUAUUCAGCGUGUUAUGACUUGUUAUCACUUGGUUACAAAUGGGGAAAUGGGGUGCUAUUUAUAGUAGCAAUAAAUGCCGGACAGGGACACGUGUCAAGCGUCCAUUGGCCGAGAGGUCACCUCAACUGGUUGGCGCUGACAAACGCAUGUGGCCGCAUUUAAUGCGGCUGUUGGAUGGGACGUUGUACAGGGUAAGGUGAUCCAUACACAUGUGGAGCGGAUAUUGUGUCGGAAAAGGUGCCCUCGGCAGUAGAUGACUAGUCGAGGGCUCUGAGUACCGGGGACCCCCUUAGUGCCGAGGGCCCCAGUUGCCGAGGGCUACUGAUUUUCGCCGUUUUUCCCAGUAACUUUGUUUUCCUGUCUUGGCCCUCCUGUGAGAGUUAGGGCCUUUGUCCAGGGGGCCGAAGGCACCCCUUGUGCGCAUUGUGGGCUGCUUGGUACUUUGGGCGCGAUGAUUCGGGCCUGUUGUGCUUUCUGGGCCUGUUGGGACUUCAUUGGAGUAGUAGGAGUCUGUGCGCCGGGGGUUACCGGGCCAUAUACUCCAUCAGGAGUCCCUCACUCCUUUUGCCGAAAGGUACUUGAGGGAAAAGGAGUAAUUGUGUUUGUCCUCUGCCGUUGUUCCGUUGUAGUUUGCGGUGUUGUGGGUAGUUUGCUGUUUGUUUAUUCUGCCGAGGGUAAUCCCUCAGUUACCCACAUGUCGGGACUUGAGGGGUCAUGUUUGUGAUUUUUGUGUGUUUUACGGGGGGGGGGGGGGGGGGGGUCUCCAGUCUCCCACUCCUUGAGGCACUUGCAAAGUGGUGAAAAGGACUAGAGUAGUUGCGUUCCUGUUUUGGGCCGAAGGCUGACGCUUUUCGUUUCAUUUUGGGGGGAUGCCUCGUUAAAAACCUCAUUAGGAAAAACCGUGUGGGAAAAAAUCCUAAUGAGGAAAAAAGAGUGCACCGAAUUCCUCCAACGAUGAAUCGAAAAUGUGAAACCUUUGUUCGAAAUGGAGAAUAAUGCUGAUGCCGAAGGCUUUCCUUGUUCUGAGGGCUCGUGUGUUGAUUAGCCGGAGGCGUGUUGUUGAUUUCCUGGGAGGUGCCGAAGGGGAGUCCCUCAAUCCGGGGAUCGAGGGCGUCAUGAAUGUGAGUAGCAGUUUCAGUGUUACCGGGGUGUCCCCUGUUUGCUGAUUAGUUGGUGAGGAGUGUACCAGAGAGGUCCCGUUACCUGUGUGCCGUAGGCUGUCCGUCAAUGAGGUGUACUCCCCGGGGCUACCCGGCCCUCAAAGUGCUGAGGGGGGAUCCCCGAGGGGUGGGCCUGUUAUGAAGCUGUGGGCUUCUGAAGGAGUGAGCCCGAAGGCAUUUGUCAGGUAAUGUGUGGGGCACAAACCGGGAGCGUCUCUGGGAAAGUAUACCCGGAGGCUCUUCAUGAUGAAGUGGAGUGAAGUAAAAAUCCCGGGGGCUAAUUUCUUGAUUGAUGAAGGAGUGGUCUGUCAAGUGUAGCCGGGAGCUCCCAGAAUAUAGCCGUUGGAGAUAUAGCCGUUGAAAUAUCUAACGUCAGGAUAUAGCCGUUGGGGGGAGUUGCCACGUGGUGUGUGCUCGUUGGCUGCCCGUGGGCGGGCGUCACCGAUUGGGCGAAACCACGGUUUGUAAUGAUGGCAGUCCAACCGGAGGCCCGAUUUCCAGGCCCAAGCCCAGAUCCCAGCGCCUAUAAAUACCCCAUGGCCGGUUUCACUUCCCAUGUGCGAUUUAUCCGUUAGCGAAGCUCUGCCAAAAUUCCUAGACAGAGAAAUAGCUGCCUUCGAUCAAUCCCCGCUUUAAGGUCAGUUCCCCACCUAUUCUUCUCCCUCCUUAGCUAGCUGUAGCGGCCUUAGAUCUAGGAGUUGUAACUUAGAAAACUUAACGUUUCCGAGCCCUCGAACUAGUGCAAAGAUGUCUUCCCAAAGUGAUUCCCAGGACAUCUCGGGGGCGCCCUCGAUGGAGGAUGAAGUCAUCUCGGACGUGGAGUCCACAAGCGAACAGCCCUCGAUGGGACAAGAUGUUGUCGUCGCCAUGGAGCUGCAGAAAGCCCUCGUUGCUGAGGCGGAAGCCGAGGGCUUCGAACAAGAGUGUGAAGACGAAGAGCUGGCCCUCGCCUGGCAAGGAGCUGAGGAAGAGGCGCAGAAAGAGGGGGCGAGGGUCACCGUCGCUGUUCUCCCCCCUCGGGGAGCUGGUGAGGCCAACACCUCUCGGCCGCUGAACGCGGUUCCCAUCCGGGUGGCCCCUGGAAAAAAGAAGGCGAAGGUUGCUGCUCCCAAGAAGAAGGGCAGCGUCGCAGAUCAAGGGAAGCCCCUCGAUAUGCCCGAGGGGUAUUCCUAUUUGAAUACCGGCGCCUUAGAGAUAAGGUCGAAAGCUGAUGCGGCGGAUCUCUAUGUCACUCAGUUACACGUGGGCCCCUCGGCCAUCGUGGUGGCACCGGGUCCCGAUGGCUCCCGAGGGCUGCAUUGCGGUGCACAUCCUCUCCGUAUCGAUGGGGCUCCGGUUCCCUCUACACCCCUUCCUUCGGGAGUACCUCCGGUUCGUGGGUUUGGUCCCCUGUCAACUGACCCCGAACAGCCACUCCUACAUCACGGGCUUCCUCCAGCUCUGCAAAUCCCAGGGGGUAACACCUAGCCUGGAUCUCUUCUUCCAAAGUUUCAACCUGUGCUGGGGGGGACAUGUGAAUGCCGAGGGCUUCGCAAACUUACAGCAGGUGGCCCUGUUCAAGCUUUUUACUGAGGCGCCCUCCUCGAACAAAGGGUGGAAAGACCGGUGGUGCUAUGUGAAGUUGGCCGAGAGCCCCUUCCCGAGGGAAUUGCGUGACCGGUUUAGGAGGCAUGAGAAGAGGAGGAGCGCCGCCCUCGAGAAAGAUGGCAAGAUCCUGGCAAAGAUCCCGGAGGGCUGAGACAAAAACAUAACCAUCAAGGAGUGCACCCAAGAGAAGGACCUCUACACCCUCGGGUUCCGGCGGUAUCGCUUCCUGGGGGAGACAGAUGAAAAGUUCCCGGCCUUUGAGGGAGCCUCCGGAGGUAGCGGCUGAGGGCACCCUUAUUUCUGUAUUUUAGCACACAGUUUGUUUGUUGUUUGUUUUUCUUUUUUUUUCUGUGCCAUCUGUUAGUGACCCCUCGGUUUUAACCCCAUAUAGUUUUGCAGGUAUCCCGGUCAAUAUGAUGAACGUCCGAGGGCUUGCUGACCUCAAGAAGAAGAAAUCUUCCAAGGCCCCGAAGGGGACGGAUGCUAGUGUCCCUAAGCCCGCCGGUGACUUCUUCAAGAAGCCGGAGGGGCCGUCGGUGGCCCCAAAUACUGAUGUUGCUGCUGCCGCGAAGAGAAAAGCAGCGGCCAAGGCUCCCGAGGGCAAAAGGCCGAAGACGGGAGAUACCGGGAGGAAGGGUCCCCCCGUGGUUAUUGUUGAUGAUUGCCCCGCCUCCGGGACGCAUGAUGAGGAGAUGACGGUGGCGGAAGUGCCGGGGGGUGUCCGGGAGCCAUCUUCUGAGGUCCUGACGGUUUCCCUCCCGGUAGGAACGGCCGUGAUGAAUUGCACGGCUGACCCGAGGGUGCUUCUGAGGGGUAUGACCCCUGAGAUUGACAGAGCCGCCCUCGGGGCUGAUGAUGACCAAUCCCUUGAGGACAUGAUCCUCCGGUCUUCCCUCACGGUAAGUUUUUGACAGUUUACCGUUUUUACUUUGUGCUAGGAAAUAAUGUACGACUUUUCUAACUUCCUUAUUUUCUGUAGACCUGCAUUGCCCUCGGAGAGCAGGCCCGGAGGCUAGAGGAGUGGCGUCUGCGCAAGGCCGAGCAGGACGUCAAGAUGCGGGAGCUCAUCCGCCAGAAUUCCGAUGCCAUCCGGCAGAUGGCUAUGCUAGAAGAGAGCCUUCGACAGAUGACCCUGCGGGCGGAGGCCGCAGACCGGGGCAAGGCCGAGGCUGAGAGGUCCGCAGCUGAAGCCCUCGAGAGGGCUGCUAAGGAGGCCGAGGCCGCCAAGGCGGAGGCCGUCGAGAAAGCCCGGGGGGACGCCAUCUCUGAUUUUUUGGCAGGGGGUGGCGAGCAGAGGAGCACAAACAAUGGCUGUCCUCGGUCGUGGAGUCCUCGGUCGAUGAGUGGUGCGAUGGGCCCGGCGUGGAGUGGGUUUCCCGAAAGGGUAAACAAUAUUACGAUGGGGGCGAGUUUUUUACUCAAGCCCUCAUCUACCGGAGGAUGGCCCGCCACCUGAAGAUCGAGCAAAAUGAUUUCGACCCGGCAGCGUACGGACUUCCCCCCUGCAGCCAGAUGUCCGUGUUCCUCUCCCCUCCGAUGUCGAGAGGUCAGACUUGGAGGACACCGAGCUGAUGAAGGAGGCCGAGGGUGACGAACCUCAGGCCGGUACAGAGGUUACUUCAAAGCCUUCGGAGCAGACGGCCCCCGGGGAUGUUAAUAUGUAAUUUUUUAAUUCAACAUGUUUUGGACAAUCUCGUUGUAAUGAAUGCUUGUAUGCCCUCGGCCUUCGGCCCUCUGUAAUGUACAUUUGAAUUUCUUUUUAUUGGAUAAAUGAGUACAUGCCUUCGGGCUUUUGGUAUAUAAUUUGUUCCCUUUCAUUGUUUCGCGUUGAAUGUAUGUUUUCGCCUUUCCUGAAUGUAUGCCUUCGCUUUUCUAAAUGUAUGCAUUCGCUUUUCUGAAUGCUUGUUUAGGACUUAGAAUAUAUUCUUCCAAGUGCAGUGCUUCUCGUAGCCCUCGGCUACUAGUAAUCUUUAGUUAGUUGAACCUUUUACCGAGGGCGCAAUGUUCAGGACUUAGAAAUAUUUCUAAGUGUUUGUUCAUCUGUUGGCCCCCAGCUAAUUCCUUCCCCAUGGUUCUGUGUAGCUUUCAUGAGAUAACCGGAGACGAGCUGUUUAGGACUUGGAAGAAUUUUUCUAAGUGUUUGAAUGCAGUCUAGCCUUCGGUAUUUGGGUACCCUUUGCUGGAUGUAUGACCGAGGGCCCAGCAAUAGUUAGGACUUAGAAAAUAUUUCUAAGUGUAGUUUCACCAAGCCUUCAAUCGUAUGACCCCUCGGGCUGCAGGGAGAUUUGACUGAGGGUAAGAACUUUUGGGACUUAGAAAUUUUUCCAAGUGUAGCAUGUAUGAAGUAGGAGCCCUCGGGCAGCAUGGAGAUUUGACCGAGGGUCAAAAUAUGUAGGACUUAGAAAAUGUUUCUAAGUAUAGCUUCACCAAGCCUUCAACCGUAUGGCCCCUCGGGCAGCAUGGAGAUUUGACCGAGGGUCAAAAUAUGUAGGACUUAGAAAAUUUUUCUAAGUGUAGUAUGCAUGAAGGAGGAUCCCUCGGGUGAAUGUGAGGACCUUGUUUGAGGUAUGCCCUCAGUUGACUGGUGUCUCCACAAGGGGCAAAGCAUUUAGGACUUAGAUUUUUUUUCUAAGUAAUUCAUGUUGCUGGCCUUCGGGGGGGACCCUUCGGUUGUAUGCGUUGUAGGUUUGGGAUAGUUUCCUUUGCCUUGUGAUGUUGGCUUGUGGCAAUAAAAGCCUUCCGUUGUUUGUUAUAUCCCCUCGGCAUGUAGUGAGGUGCCGGAGGUGAUUCUUGAUUUGGUUUGGCCACAUCCGAUAGCUUUGUCAUAUAGUACCCUUCGGGGACGCUUUGAGUUGCUGUUGACUGAGCCUGUCAUGUUUUGUAGUAUUUGAGCCUUCGGUUUUAGGUAUAGCCGGAGGCAGUCCUUGAGUGGACUUAGCCAUUUGUUGAUGGUGUCUGUUGUGAAUGGUAUCCUUUGUACCUGUGAGCUUUCAGGUACCGAAGGUGUUCCCGUGGGGAGCCCUCAGUAUGUUUCUGUGAAUUGUUGGAGUGAUGUACUCAUUGAUUUCUCGCCGAGUCUACUCCCCUUUACCACCCUUUUUUUUAGUAGUGAAGGGAAGGCUUCAAGAAACUUGGUUUCUUGGUAAGGCUUGGCCUAUCAUGAGGUAACAGAAUACACCAUUAGCUCCCCCCUCGGGUUAACCUUCCGAGUUCCGAGGGGAUCGAGGGUCGUUUCCUGGGCACAAGAUAUGGUGGUCUAUAGCCUGCGUCCCCUUGGGGGAUGGCGCGGAAAGCGCCUCAGUUUUGAAAGUCGUCCCCUCGUCGCUAGACAUAGUCAGUGGCCUGCCACACCCUUGGGGUGGUGGCGCGGGGAGCGUUUCGGUUUGGAAGUCGAAUCCUGGGCAUUUCUCGUGCCUGUCAUACCCUUGGGGUGAUGACGCGGAAAGCGAUCCGUUUUUGAAAGUCGAAUCCUGGGCAUUUCUCAUGCCUGUCAUACCCUUGGGGUGAUGACGCGGAAAGCGUUUCAGGGAAGGGUUUUCAUUUGCAUACUGGUUGCAAAUGGCCGAGUGCACUACGUGCUGCCGGCACCGAGAGGUGGCGCCUUCGGUAUAGGCGUCCUCGAGGGGUACGGCUUAGGAAACAACACUUGGUGUUUGUUCCGAUGUACGGCCCCCGGCACUUGGUACCGAGGGGUCUUCUGUAAAAAUAGUUGGUGUUUUUCCUUCACUUGUCGUAGGGGACUGUGGUGUCUACCCUCGGUACUUGGUACCGAGGGGUCUUCUGUGGGAACACUUGGUGUUUCUUCCCACUUGUUGGAGGUGAUUGUGUUAUCUACCCUCGGUACUUGGUACCGAAGGGUCUUCUGUGGAAACACUUGGUGUUUCUUCUCAUUUGUUGAAAGCUGCUAGUGGCGUGUCCCCCCGACACUUGGUGCAGAGGGUUCUUCUAUUGUGGUGAGGCCUUGGGCCUGGGGGUGAUAUGAGGGCUUGGCCCCUGUGAUAAUCUUGUUCCGUGUUCUCGGUGUCUUCAAAAUGCCUUCAUUCUUCAGAAUUCUUAGGCCUUGGGCCGUAAAAUAAUACAUUCACUAGUUAUGAGGGCUCGGCCGCUCUGAUGUUAUUGAUAAAAUUUAACUAAGUGAUGUACAUUCCAGUGCCUAGGGACUUCAGUCCCGUUAGGGCGUUUUAGCUUGUAAGUUCCGGGUUUGAUGAUGGCUGCCACGAUGUAGGGGCCCUCGAACUUUGGUGCCAUCUUCUCGCCCUCGAUUGGUUGGCUAGAUUCCCUUCUUCGGAGAACAUAGUCCCCCAUUUGGAAUUCCCGGGAGCGAACCUUGGCAUCAAUGUAACUUUUCACUUGCCUUUGGUAGUUUCCGCGCGCAUGAAGGCUUGCUCUCGGCGUUCUGAAAUCAGGUGGAGGUCGAGGGCCAUAUUGGCGUCGUUGGCCUCUGGAUCAUACUGUAUGACCCUUCGGGUUGGAAGAGUUACCUCGGUGGGGGCCUUGGCUUCAAAUCCGUAGCAAAGGGAGAAGGGUGUCUCGCCAGUUGCCCGCCGAGGGGUGGUACGGUAGGCCCAUAAGAUGUUGUGGAGCUCUUCUACCCAACCACCCCCUUCGGCCUCCAGCUUCUUUUUUAGGCCCUCGAGCAAGGUCCUGUUGGCAUUCUCCACUUGACCGUUGCCCUGAGGGUAAGCAACGGAUGAGAAGGUGUGUUUGAUGCCCUAUGCCUCUAGGAGGGCACAGAAGGGGGCUGCCUCAAACUGAGUGCCAUUGUCGGAGAUGAUUUGCUGAGGGACGCCAAACCUGGUGAGGAUGUUUUUGAGAACAAAAUGACAACACCUGGCCUCAGUGAUGCUGGCGAGGGGCUCAGCUUCCACCCAUUUGGUGAAGUAAUCGAUGGCGACGAUGAUGUAUCUGUUGUUGGAGGUACCCCUCGGCAGAGGGCCCACAAGGUCUAUGCGCCAUCGAGCGAAGGGUAUGGAUGUGCUGAUGGGGGCAUAGGUUACCGCUGGCCUGACGGGGGCAUUCUGGAAGUGUUGGCAUGCGGGACACCUCCGGGCAAGAUCUGCACAAUCCCGGGCCAUCGUACGCCAGAAGUAGCCCUGGAUUAUUAGCCUUCGAGACAUGGAGAAGGGUCCCUCAUGAGCUGAGCAAGUGCCACUGUGUACUUCCUCCAUUGCUACCUCAGCUUCAUCUUGAUGAAGGCACCGAAGCAACGUCCCGUUGUAGGACCUUUUGUAAAGCCUCCCGUCCUCGAUAGUGUAGCUGGGAGCCCUCAUCUUUGCCAGCUUGGCACGGGCCUCAUCCUCGGGCAGUUGCCCUGUGGUGAUGAAGGCAACAAUGUCCGAGAUCCAGUCCUCCUGCCUUUGUUGUAUAUCCAUGACGGGGCUAGCAUGUAUGCUAAAGAGGCUGAGUUCUUCUACUUUGGCAAUCUUCGAGAUAUGCUCAGGGGAUUCUGCCGAGAGCUUUGAUAAAAUGUCGGCCUCGGAGUUUUGAGCCCUCGGUAUUUGAGUAAGAGAGUGUGCCUCAAAUACCUUAAGCAACUCCUUGGCCGCCACCUUGUAUUGCUUCAUUCUCCCUUCCUUGGCUUCGUACUCCCCGGAGAUUUGGCCGACGACUAACUUGGAGUCGCACUUGACGUGGAUUUGUCGGGCCUUCAUGUUAGCUGCCAGCCGAAGGCCACAGAGGAGAGACUCGUAUUCGGCUUCAUUGUUGGAGACUUUGAAGGAGAAACAGACUGCAUAAUAGGCCCGGAAGCCCUCAGGUGAGAUGAGAACCACCCCUCCUCCACAUGCCUUGAUGGCGGAGGAGCCAUCGGUGUAGAGGGUCCACCAAUCAUCUGAAGGGGCCGAGGGCUCCUCGUUCGUGGCUGCCCUUGCCGUACACUCCGUCACGAAGUCCGCUAGGGCUUGGCCCUUGAUGGCGGCUCUAGGACGGAUGUCGAUGUUGUAUUGGCUCAAGAAGAUAGCCCAUUUUACCAUUCGGGAGGAGCUAGUGGGGCUCCUCAUCAAGAAGCCGUGGGGUUGGUGAGUAAGGACCUGGACCGGGUGAGCCUGGAAGUAAUGGCCCAACUUCUUGACGAUCCACACGAUAGCCAACACCAUUUUUUCCACGGGGGAGUACCGGAGUUCCGCCUCCCUGAGGAUCUUGCUAACAUAGAAGAUGGCAUGCUGGAUGCCAUCUUCUUCCCGGAUGAGUACUGAGCUGAUGGCAACCGGGCUAACACCCAAGUAGAGGUACAGGAUCUCCCCUACCUUGGGUUUAGAGAGCACAGGGGGUGAAGAUAAGUACCGUUUCAGCUCCUCGAAUGCCCCCUGACAUUCUGACGUCCACUGGAAACCGGCGGGUUUCCUCAUGAUCUGGAAGAAGGGUAAGGACUUCUCCGCCGAUUUUGAUAAGAAGCGAUUGAGGGCUGCCAGGCGGCCCGUCAAUCGUUGGACCUCCUUUACGUUGCGUGGGGGCUCCAUGUUGAUGAUGGCCUGAAUUUUCUCGGGGUUGGCCUCGAUACCCCUUCGGCUCACCAUGUAGCCCAAGAAUUUGCCCCCCUGGACGCCGAAGGUGCACUUCUUUGGGUUCAGCCGAAGGCUAAACUUCUGCAUGAUGGCGAAGAUCUCCCUCAGGUCAUCAGCAUGGCUUGCUAAUUGCUUGCUCUUGACGAUCAUGUCGUCAACAUACGCCUCCAUGGUGCGCCCUAGGACGGCUUGGAAUACCCUGGCCACCAUCCGAGUGUAGGUGGCACCUGAGUUCUUUAGGUCGAAGGCCAUGACGACGUAGCAGAAGAUGCCCUCGGGAGUCAUGAAGGCUGUUUUUUCAGCGUCUUCCUCAUGCAUGUAUAUUUGAUGAUAUCCGCGGAAUGCGUCGAGGAAUGACAUGAUUUCACGCCUCGCGGUUUCAUCCACAAGUUGAUCAAUAUUUGGCAAAGGAAAGGGGUCCAUGGGACACACCUUGUUGAGAUCCGUGUAGUCCACGCACAUGCGGAAUGAGGGUGGUUUCUGUGCGAGGACCACGUUUGCCAGCCAUGAGGGGUAUUUUACCUCCUUGAUGUGCCUGAUAGAGAGGAGCAUGGCGACCUCCUUCUUCACAAAUUCCCUCCUCUCGGCCGAGAGGGGCCUCCUCCGCUGUUGUACUGGUUUGGCCGAAGGGUCCACCGAGAGGCGGUGGGUGAUGACCCUUCGGCUGAUCCCCGGCAUGUCCUCCGGCCCCCAUGCAAAAACAAUGGAGUAGGCGCGGAGGGCGCUGAUGAUGCCGAUCUUCAAAUCUUCGGGGAGCUUGGCUCCAAUCUUCACGACUCUCUCCGGCUUGGCCGGAUCGAGCGCGAAGUCUUCUACCUCCUCGGCUGGUUCAGCCCUCGGCCUCCUUUCUUCCGCUUCCACAGUUCCGGUGAUGGUGUCAACGCGGAACUCCGUCUUGCUAACCUUCUUUGUAACUUGAAGGUAGCAAGCGCGAGCAAGUUUUUGGUUCCCCCUUGAGUAACCAAUCCCCCCUUCGGCUGGGAACUUGAGGCAGAGGUGCCUCAUGGAGAUGACGUCUUCGAGAUCCUCGAGGGCUGGCCGGCCGAGGAUGAUGUUGUGGGCGCAGUCGAUGUUGACGACGACGAACUCCACUUCGAGCUUGGCUCUAUGGAGGCCGUCGCCGAAGAUGACCGGGAGGGUUAUGACCCUCUCGGAAUCAAUGGUGUCGCCGGUGAAGCCGGCAAGAGGAGUCUUAAUGGGCCGAAGGGACCCCCUCUCCAGAUGCAGCUCUCUGAGGGUGCUGAGGUACAUUACAUUGACGGAGCUGCCCGUGUCAAUGUAAGUUCUGUGAAUAAUAGUGUCGUUGAUCUCUGUGCGGAUGACGAGGGCAUCUCUGUGUGGGGAGGAUACUGGGGGGAGAUCAGUGUCAGUGAAGAUAAUGGGUUCCUCCCUCAGCUGCUUUACUGGGGGCAUAUGAGUGACUUCCCCCACAUAAAGUGAUUGAGCCCACUUCUUUCGUUGACUCGUAGAAUCACCCCCGGUAUUUCCCCCUGUGAUCAUGAGGAUGUCACGUUUCUUUUCUUGAUACCGGGGGUACUCCUCCUCCUCUUCUUCCAAGUUCCCAAUCUCCCUCUUUUUGCCGAGGGGGGUGGUGUUGGGGUUGACCCAUGCGUUUGCUCUCGCAGUUUGCCCUCGGGGUGGCCCCUGCUGUGGGGGGCCCUGUUGCUGAGGGCCCUUGAUAAACUGGGACAGAUGGCCCGCUUGUAUCAACUUUUCGAUGGCCGUCUUCAGCUGAUGACAGUCAUCGGUCCUGUGCCCCUUGUGCCGGUGGAAACGACAGUAGGGGUAGUUGGGAUUGAUGGCAAAUACCUCCGGGGGUGCACGUGAAUCUCGCUCCACCAGGCCCUUCUCCUCAGCAAAAUCAUGAAUAACGCUGACGGGGUGCGUCAACGGUGUCCGAGGGUGCUCCAGGAGGACAGGUUGUGCCCAAUCCCUCGGGUUCCCCUUGUAGCCUCCCCCGGGCUUGGCUUGGCCAUGCCGGGGGCGAUCACCGGAGGGGGCACAAUCCUUGGGAUGAUUGCGGGGAGCCCCCGGCCCUCGGUUACCUUUGUCGUCUGGCCGGCCGAGGAUGAUGUUGUGGGCGCAGUCGAUGUUGACGAUGACGAACUCCACUUCGAGCUUGGCUCUAUGGAGGCCGUCGCCGAAGAUGACCGGGAGGGUUAUGACCCCCUCAGAAUCAAUGGUGUCGUCAGUGAAGCCGGCAAGAGGAGUCUUGAUGGGCCGAAGGGACCCUCUCUCCAGAUGCAGCUCUCUGAAGGUGCUGAGGUACAUUACAUUGACGGAGCUGCCCAUGUCAAUGUAAGUUCUGUGAAUAAUAGUGUCGUUGAUCUCUGUGCGGAUGAUGAGGGCAUCCCUGUGUGGGGAGGAUACUGGGGGGAGAUCAGCGUCAGUGAAGAUAAUGGGUUCCUCCCUCAGCCGCUUUACUAGGGGCAUAUGAGUGACUUCCCCCACAUAAAGUGAUUGAGCCCACUUCUUUCGUUGACUCGUAGAAUCACCCCCGGUAUUUCCCCCUGUGAUCAUGAGGAUGUCACGUUUCUUUUCUUGAUACCGGGGGUACUCCUCCUCCUCUUCUUCCAAGUUCCCAAUCUCCCUCUUUUUGCCGAGGGGGGUGGUGUUGGGGUUGACCCAUGCGUUCGCUCUCGCAGUUUGCCCUCGGGGUGGCCCCUGCUGUGGGGGGCCCUGUUGCUGAGGGCCCUGGAUAAACUGGGACAGAUGGCCCGCUUGUAUCAACUCUUCGAUGGCCGUCUUCAGUUGAUGACAGUCAUCGGUCCUGUGCCCCUGGUGCCGGUGGAAACGACAGUAGGGGUAGUUGGGAUUGAUGGAGAAUACCUCCGGGGUGCACGUGAAUCUCGCUCCACCAGGCCCCUCUCCUCAGCAAAAUCAAGAAUAACGCUGACGGGGUGCGUCAAUGGUGUCCGAGGGUGCUCCAGGAGGACAGGCUGUGCCCAAGCCCUCGGGUUCUCCUUGUAGCCUCCCCCGGGCUUGGCUUGGCCAUGCCGGGGGCGAUCACCGGAGGGGGCAGAAUCCUUGGGAUGAUUGCGGGGAGCCCCCGGCCCCCGGUUACCUUUUUCGUCCGGCUGAGGGCGUUGCUGAUCUGGGACAUGGUGGCAUUUCUCCACCUCCUCGGCCUCGGCGUACCGGUCCCCCCGCUGUAGGGCCCUUAUAUAAUCGCGGGAUGGUUCGAUGAUGAGGCUUCUGGAGAAGUUCCCAGGGCGGAGUACUGUUUGUAGGAGUGCCAGGAGGGUCCCGUCGUCAGCGCCGUCAACUUUAUCAGCCUCCGUCUUCCAGCGCUCCAGGAAGUCCUGAAGGGUCUCCUCCUUCUUCUGCCUCACUGUUAGCAAGUGGGAGAAGUGUUUUCUUGUGCGGCGCCUCCCCGCAAAUUGCGUCAAGAACUGCUGGGCGAGCUCUUGCCAUGAGUCAAUGCAGCCCUCGGGCAAUCGAUUGAACCACUCGUAAGCUGGCCCCUCUAGAGUGGAGAGGAACCAGCGGCACAAAUAUUCAUCUGAUGCCCCUACCAUCAUCAUGCUGUUUUGAUACCUGCUGUAGUGCUCUUGGGGGUCAGUCUUUCCGUCAUAGGGCUUGAUGAGCUGCCCUCGGUAUUUUUCCGGGAUCCGAGCCGCCAAUACCCUUGGGGUAAAUGGCGUCCGGGUCCGGAGCUGUAUGGUGGGUUCCCUGGAGCCCUCGGCUAUCUUCUUCUGCAUUUCUUCCAUCCUGGCCAUCAUUGCCUCAUACUUGAGGUCUGAAUGAGGGGCAGAAGUGGUGGUGUGGGCUUUGGUGGCCUCCAUCUCGUCAAGCCGGCGCUGGAGGGCCGCAAUGAUUUCGUCCCGGGGGUCCUUCGGGAGGGCCUCUGCCCCCUGCGAAUGGACCCGGGCCGAGUGGGCCUGGUUGAUUUGGUGGCGUGCGUCGUCGACAUGGAGAGGUGCCUUGCCCUUGUCCUGAGGGGGACGCCUUUCAUUGGCCCUGGAGAUGGACCCACCACUUUCCUGAGGCCUUUGGAACGCCUUCCCCCCCGAGGCGGUCUUGGACCCCUCGGCGGUCUUGCACCCCUCCGAGUCUCUCGAGGGCGGAGGUCCGGAGUUGUUCCUUGUUCACGUUGUGGCGGUCCCGGGACUGGACUUCCUGGGAGACCGUAUCUUGGGCCACGACCCCCUCAGAGUUCCCCAUUCGAAGGACCGGGUUACCGAGGGGUCGUGGGUGAGGGGGAGGCAUAAUAUUCUCCCCCACCUGAGGUUGGAGGGGAACCAAAGUGCCGAAGGCACCCGGGUUCUGGGUGAGCGUCUGGAUGAAGGCGGAGAGCGCCGAUUGUACGUCGAUGGUGAUGACCGGAGGGCUAAUUUGAUUUUUCGCUCCGGUCCUUUUUCUUGGCCUCGAUGCUGAGGCGGGCAUCAGGGGCAUUUUGUUGAAUCUGCUGGCGUAGGUCGACAGCAGUCUGGUCCAACCCGGCGAUGACGCCGCCCCCGGGAGCCCUGUUAGAGGCCUCGGGGACGUCGACCUCGCCGAGGGCCAGGUUCCUGUCCUCUACAUUCUUGGAGUUGGCACGUGUUGUUCUCACCAUUUUAGAUGGGUGUUUUGUGUUUGGUCGAGGGGGGGGGGGUUUCUUACUUGAUGGUUCGACCUCUCAACGAGAGCACCAAAUGAUGGAUAAUGUACCCGGGGGUAGCUUAUCCGAGGGGUUAUUACGGGGAAUAACUAGAGAGAAGUCAGAGCAAGUAAGUAUAGAGAGAGAAAGUAUAUUAGAAAGUAUUCAGCGUGUUAUGACUUGUUAUCACUUGGUUACAAAUGGGGAAAUGGGGUGCUAUUUAUAGUAGCAAUAAAUGUCGGACAUGGACACGUGUCAAGCGUCCAUUGGCCGAGAGGUCACCUCAACUGGUUGUCGCUGACAAACGCAUGUGGCCGCAUUUAAUGUGGCUGUUGGAUGGGACGUUGUACAGGGUAAGGUGAUCCAUACACAUGUGGAGCGGAUAUUGUGUCGGAAAAGGUGCCAUCGACAGUAGAUGACUAGCCGAGGGCUCUGAGUACCGGGGACCCCCUUAGUGCCGAGGGCCCCAGUUGCCGAGGGCUACUGAUUUUCGCCGUUUUUUCCAGUAACUUUGUUUUCCUGUCUUGGCCCUCCUGUGAGAGUUAGGGCCUUCGGCCAGGGGGGCGAAGGCACCCCUGGUGCGCAUUGUGGGCUGCUUGGUACUUUGGGCGCGGUGAUUCGGGCCUGUUGGGCCUUCAUUGGAGUAGUAGGAGUCUGUGGGCCGGGGGUUCCCGUGCCAUAUACUCCAUCACUAACAUACUUCUAACCUUAUUCAACAGAGUUCUGUUCAUUCUUUCACCUAUCCCAUUCUGUUGGGGAGUAUAAGGCACAAUUUUGUGCCUUUUUAUCCUACAAUACACACAGCUUAUCCAUCUCCUUAUUACAAAACUCUAAGCCAUUAUCAGUCCCGAGGAGUAACCUUCCUGCCGGUUUGGUUUUCAACUAGGGUUUUGCACUCCCUCAAACCUCGCAAACCCAUCAGACUUGUGUUCUAAAAGGCAAAGUAACACCUUCCUAGAUAAAUCAUCAAUAAUAGAAAGAAAAUAUUUCAUACCCCCGUGGGUAGGAACACUGGCAGGACCCCAAACAUCAGCAUGAACACACAUGAUUCACAGAAAGGCACAUAAGUCACAGAGUCUUUACCAAAAUAACCAGACCUAUGCACUAUAUCUAAACCCUUAUUGCUCAUAUUCCCUAGCCUAUUAUGCCACAAAGAGAUCUUAUCAACACAUACAUCAUUCACAAAAUCAGCAAAAGGUUUAGCAUAACAUACAUAAAGGUUAUACAUCUUCUCAGCUUUAAAAAAACAAGAGAAUUUUUCAAAAUUUUCAUGCAACCAUUCCCCUACUUUCCCUAUAAACCACUACUCUCCAAAGCAUCACCAGAUAACAAGUUAUGACACAAAUUAGGGACAUGCCUCACAUUCUUAAUGGUAAACACAAAGACACCAGAAAAUUUAUUACAUAUAUCACCAAAACCAAGUACAUUGCAUCUCUUAUUAUCAGCCAAGGAAACAUAGCCACUAUCACAUAAUUCCCAUGUAGAAAACAAAUCUCUAAAAGAGGACAUGUGAUAGGUACAACCAGAGUCAACCAACCAUUCAUUCUCAGCCAGAGAAUUUCUCACAGAAUCAACCAUCAAAAUCUCACCAAGGUCACAUCUAUCAACAGCUACACUAGCAUGCUCAGCUUUCUUAGGGUUAGAGCAGUCCUUGGUGAAAUGGUCAGCGUUACCACAAUUGUAACACACUCUCUUCCCAAAUUUGUUCCUCUUCCUCCCAGGCUGACUAAUGUUCUUACUUUGGCAAUUUUACUUAAAGUGCUUAGAUCUACUCUUAGAUCUACCUCUAACAAACAAAGCCUCACCGAACUCCCUGGACUGACUAUUACUACCCCUAGCAUGCUUCAAAUAUAAUUCCUUACUCCUUAACCCAUUAACAAUAAUAUCUAGUGAAAUCUCAUCCCUACCAUAUUUUAUAGCGGACUGGACAUCAUUAUAAGAGUCGGGAAUGACAUUAAGUAACACUAUGGGAGUUUAAUCAUCUCUGUGUUUAUCACCUGCAUGUUUAAUAUUUUGUAUCCGUUUAUUAAACACAUCCAGGUUUUCAUCUAUAUCCUUAGUCAGGUCAAGCCUAAACCUAAAGAAUUUCUUAAGUAAAAACAACUUCCCGGAAAAAGAGGUAUCAGUAUAGAGUUUAUCCAAUUUCUCCCACAAUUCCUUAGCGGGCUCAAGAAUACCCACUUUCCUAAGCACAAAAUCAGGCAAAUUUAGAUAAAUAGUAGAACAAGCAGUUUUGUUCAUUUCAAUUUGCUUUACCUUAUCUUUAGAUUCAAGGAAAAUACCAGUGAACACUCUAAAAACUUUUUGUUGAAUUAGAACACACUUAAUUUUUUACUUCCAAAUAUCAAAGUGUAUUUUUCCGGUAAAUGAAAGCAUAUCAUACUGAUUAACAGCCAUGGUAUCAACCAUAAAACAACACAAAGCUAAACAAAUAACUUGGACAGAAAAAUAAUUCAACCCAGGCUACAAAGUAUACACUUUAAUAACCCCGGGCAGCAUGCAACAAAUAGCAAACAUGGACAGUUUGGCACCUAAACAAAACCGGACAACAAGUAGGAUUAAUUAAUGCUACCCCUAACACCCAAAAAACCACCCUCAAGCAUAAGAAUUGAAAUAAACAACACUAUGCAAUUAAAUUUAACCAACUAAAACAACCUGCCACAAAGGAGAGGGUUUAACCAACGUACCUGGGGGUAGGGGUGGGCAUAAAAAACCGUAACCGGCAUACCGUACCAAAAAAUCGAAAAACCAGCAUUUUGUUUGGUUAACCGGACCAUUAUUUAAAAAACACACGGUACGGUUAACUUACUUAAAGAAAAAAGUGGUUCACAGUAUGGCUACGGUUUUAAAAUUAUCCCAAGGUCGGUUAACCGAUAACCAGAAGUUCAAAUGUUAUAUGAUUUGUAUCUGCCAUAAAAAAAUUAGUGCAUGUACGAGUGUACGACAUGUGGUGUACUCAUCUGACGGCAACCAUGUUGCGAUACCAAAGCCUGGGGAGAACUUACAAAUUAGUGACGUUUGACAUGGGGAUAAUUAAGGAGCAAUGUUGGGGAUAAUUAACGAACAAAAGCAGUCUAUUUUAAGCAAAUAAAAUAAUAGUUAUAGUGAGUAAGAUACUUAGCUUCCUCUAGCUAGUUAUAAUGAGUGUAUUACGUGGACUGCAUAAUAAUUUCUUCUAAUUAAUUUAUUAAGAACAAAAUUGUUGUGAAUUUUAUUUAUAUAAACAUAUUGGCUCGAUCCUACAUAACAGACUUAGGUCAUAUCCUCAACACCAACAUUUACGUAUACAUUGAUCGAACAAUCAUUUUAUUUUUUGGCAGCUUAAUUCAUUUUUUUAUUUAUGUCAUGGUUAUUUGGUUAACCGAUUAGUGAUUAACCGGAAUUUCGGUUAACCGAUACCCGGUUAACCGAUGUAAUUGUACGUAUAUUGGUAUUGAAAAUAUAUUAACCGAACUCUCGAUUAACUGAAAGACGGUUAACCAACCAUGCCCACUCCUACCUGGGGGGUUGGCAGUCGAGAUAAAAUCAACCAGCAGCUCGCGAGAAGCGGGAAUAAGUUAAAUUCGGAGGCACCUGAUACACCUAGGAUGUUUAUCGCCAAUUUACCUCAGCGAAACCCUAGGAGAGCAUUUCAACCUUACCUACCCAAUUAAAAAUUGGGAUUUUCUGUCCAGGUUGACUGCCGUUGACCGGGGUUGACCGGCGUUGACUGCUUCCAGCAGCUCCAGCCCAGGUUAGCAGCUCUAGUAGCACCAGUCCAGGUCCAGAAGCUCAGCAGCCAAGUUCAACCCGGUCCAGUAGUCCGUAGCCCAAAAGACCAGCAGCCCAGCACUCCAGAUUUCCUUUAGUAAUCCAGCAUUCCAAGAACCCCAAUAGCACCAUAAGCCUACCAGCCCAGUAGUACAGGGGCCUAAGCCCUUUGUCCUUAUCCUCAACGGCCAGAUCAGGGUGUGCUACACGCCUUCUGCGAGCAACAAAGAUCGCAAGGGUUGGCUUCGACGGAUGAGCGACGGUUCCAGCCAUGAGAGACCUCCUCUGAUGACUUCCAGGUGGACGGUGGCUCCAGCGGUGACUUUGAUGGCCACGAGCAGAAAUACAAUCCCCAACGAGUUUAGGUUGGCCGAAUCGAGAACAACCUUCAGGCGUCAUCCAGAGACUUCGACAGACGGCUGAGAGUUGGCGAUGUCCUCCAAUCGACAGCGGACGGUCGAACGGCGGCAGGUGGUGGCAGGCGGCGACAGACGGCAGAACGAGUCUAUGAUACCACUGUUAGGGAUCGAUUCUGUCUCCGGCUCAGGUCUCCAACCUUUCACUCCCCUCACACACACCACUCUAGGCUAGACUCACUCCACCUCUCAACAUGUUUACACUCCCAAGCUUCCACACAAAGGGUCUCAAGGAGGAAGGAGAAAACUAUGUUCUGAACUCUCUGAUUUUACCUCUCUCACACAAAGGAAAGGGAAGGGUCUGCUCUCUUUAUUUUCUCACGCAGGCCACUCUCACAAGGAAGAAGAGAGAGACACAUAUAAUAGGAUGCGAGCAAAUUAUCAAGGAAAGUCACAGGAGAGGGGCUAAGACAAAAGCUCAUGGGCCAACACAGGCAGGAAUGCAUCGGACAACAAAGAGAGGGGGCCAGACAUUAGGUAAGUCAACAACCAGAAGAGAAUCAAUAAUACGAAUAGAAUAGUGGGAGUAAACAUAGGGUUCAAGUCAAUAGUAAAAUGGAAGGGAUGACUUGGUAGGACCGAUACCUCCAACUGUGUGGAUGGGUAGGAAAUGGUGAUAAGAGGGAAAUUCAAGGAUGAAGAUCACGACAGGGUAAUUGCUUCACUGCUUGUUUUUGUAUUUGGAUAAGGCUUGAAAAUAAACACAAAUUUUUUAUUUUGGAAGAAGGUUCACAACCUUUCUUUCUAAAGUGUCCUUUGGGCGUAGAGUUCCUGACCACAACUCUAUAUAUACCCAAGCUUACCUGCAUUUUUUACCAUCCAAAAAUCGUGAUCCCAGUUUCCUUCCUUGUCCCACCCGUUACUCCAUUAAUGUUACAUCUUUGAGUUUGUUGGUGUCCUUAGGGGAUGUAGAAACUGCUCUAUCCUAAGAGACGGUUGCUAUUUGUGCUGUGGGCAAAUUCGUCCUUAGAAGACAAGGAUUUGUUAGGCUUGGUUUCAUCCAAGUAUUUCUAUUUAUUUAAUUAAUGCAUGCAUAUUUAUUUAUUU